AUGAGGCUGUUGUAUACUUUCUUGGCUGGCCUUGCGGCCUUGCCUAUGGCUUUGACCCUAGAUGAUAAGGCUGCUGCUGUCUUGUCUACUUUGCCCACGUGCGCAGCCAAAUGUCUGGUAACAAACGUGUUAACAUCAACAUGCGAACUCGAAGAUGUGCAGUGCACAUGCAUGAAUGCAGAACUUCAGCAACAAGUUGAGAUAUGUGUCUUGUCCAACUGCACAGUCACAGAAGCUUUAUCCACAAAGAAUACGACAAUGACACUCUGUGGCGCACCCGUCCGAAACGGCCAGGCCCCCUUCGUCUCACUCAACGACACAAUGGGAGUCAUCUCAGGUAUCUUCUGUCUGUUACGAUACGUCACAAAAAUUAUUUAUAAGGUGCCCUUCGGCUUGGACGAUUUCUUUAUGCUUAUUACAAUGCUCACCUCCAUUGCCUGCAUCACUAUCAACACGUAUGGCCUUGGAAGUUCCGGCUUCGGAAAGGACAUUUGGACCCUCACACCAACGCAAAUCACAGAUUUCGGUCGAUGGUUCUAUGUCAUGGCUAUUCUGUACUUUGCAGAUCAGGCCUUUCUCAAGCUAACCAUGAUCUUCUUCUUCCUUCGAAUCUUCCCGAGUGAAAAUGUGCGAAAGAUUCUUUGGACGACCGUGGGAAUAACGACUACUAUCGGCGUCAUCUAUGUUUUCCUCGCGAUUUUCCAGUGUCAGCCCAUUAGCUACUUUUGGACCAAGUGGGAUAUGGAGCAUGAGGGAAAGUGUGCCAGCGUCAAUGGUAUCACUUGGUCCAACGGCGCCAUCAACAUUGCUAUGGACUUUUGGAUCCUGGCUAUCCCAAUUUCUCAACUGAAGAAGAUGAACAUGGGCUGGGGCAAAAAGAUCCUUGUUGGUAGUAUGUUUAGUGUUGGUAUCUUUAUCACAAUAAUGAGUAUCCUCCGCCUCUACGCUACAAUCGUAGCUGGCAUGAGUCACACCAACAACGCGUCUUGGGAAUACCUCGCCAUGUCGAAAUGGUCCACCAUCGAAAUCAACGUCGGUAUCUGGUGCGCAUGUAUGCCUACACUGCGCGUCAUGUUCUCUCGUCUGUAUCCCACGCUGCUCGGCACAUCCAAGCGAUAUCUCAAGUACGGCAGUGACAAGAGUGGAAAGUCUUCGGGCACCGAAAACAGCACCGUCAGAUGCGAGGACUGUACUGCCAAGAUCAACAAUCUGCGACCAGAGCGUGUAAUUUCCGUUGCGCGAGUUGGCAGGGACUCUCAAAAUCGUGCGGGCGUGGACCCUUCUGGAAUCACUUGCAACCGAACUUACGACGUGCAAUAUGGAUACGAUGAUGAGACGUAUCUGGUCCAUAUGAAGCAGAUGGAUAAUAAGAGUGCCAACUCUUAUCCACGAUCGGAUGGUGAUUCAGUUUAG